GAUUCCAGUGGCCUGGCAAUUAGUGACCAGGGCGAUACGCGGAACCGACACACAAAUAUCCGGACGGUCGAGGACAAGCCGUGCGUUUCUAGAGAGGAACCGUGCGCUUUUAGUGGAUCUACUAAACAGCAGAGGACUGAGUAGAACUAGUUCUUUCAAAAGAGCAUCUUUUACCUUUCUGUGAACUCUGGCUAGUAAGGUCCGGGGCAGUAUGAACCUGUUUGAUGUCCUGUCUCCAUGUCAGCACAAGUUUCAGGUCGAGGAUCGUCUAAACCCUCCUGUCAGAAGGUGACCAGUCUGACCCAAUCCAAACUCUACAGGAAUAUGCCCGGCCUGCACAAUGGACUCCAACAGCACCGAGUUGGGCCACUUCUCUCCAUCCGACACCCUCGGAGUGGGAAUGUACCCGGCAUCCACUCUGUGGCCACUGCUCCAGAACACAAGCCUCGUCAACCUCACUGCUGUUUUCAAGCUCAAUGGGAGUAAUGCUGAGGCUGAAGGUCAAUCCUAUGAUCCUCUGGGUGGACACUCGCUCUGGCAGGUCAUUCUCAUCGUUGUCUUUACAGGCCUGCUUUCCCUUAUUACUAUUAUCGGCAACAUCUUGGUCAUGGUGUCAUUUAAGGUCAACCGACAGCUCAAAACAGUUAACAAUUACUUCCUACUCAGCUUAGCCGUGGCAGAUCUCAUCAUUGGGGUCAUCUCUAUGAACCUGUACACUGCCUACAUCGUCAUGGGCCAGUGGGCGAUGGGAAACUGGGCAUGUGACCUCUGGCUAGCCAUAGACUACGUAGCCAGCAAUGCAUCUGUCAUGAAUCUGCUUGUCAUUAGCUUUGACCGAUAUUUCUCCAUUACGAGGCCUCUGACGUACCGUGCCAAACGCACCACCAAGCGAGCAGGAGUGAUGAUUGGCCUGGCAUGGUUUGUGUCACUCAUUCUUUGGGCACCUGCCAUUUUGUUUUGGCAGUAUUUCGUAGGACAAAGAACUGUUCCACAGGAUAAAUGCUACAUUCAGUUUCUCUCCGAGCCUAUUAUUACGUUUUGCACCGCAAUGGCGGCGUUCUACCUGCCGGUGACGAUAAUGAGCGUUUUAUACUGGCGAAUAUACAAAGAGACAGAAAACAGAUCACGGGAACUUGCUGGAUUGCAAGGUUCAGGUGGACGAUUUGGAGGUGUUGAGCGACCACGCUUCCAUCUCCACGCCACUAGGGGGAGCUCUAGGAGCUGCAGCAGCUUUGAACUGGGCCAACCUGGUCAUAAAAAAGCCUCUGUUCACAGUCUGAGUGGGAGAUUCCACUGUUGGGGGUGGAAGUCUGGUGGCAGUGAUAAAAGUGGGCCAAAUAGGGAGGCAGAUCAGAGCAGCAGUGACAGCUGGAACAACAACGACGCUGGACUUUCAGCUGAUCACUCAGGUUCAUCUGAUGAAGACGAGAGCGCACCAUCUACAACAAGAGCCAUCUUCUCAAUUGUUCUCAGUCUGCCUGGCGUGAGGGCCGCAGUCAACUCCCAGGUCACUUCCUGUGAGGAACUGGACACAGAGGAAGAUCCCUUACGGUCAGCCGAGGAGAAGGACAGCAGGGAUGGCAGCAUCUCACGCUCUGUCACCAACGGGAACAAGCGCUUUGUGGGUGGCAUGAGUAAAGUUCAGUCAAUGUCUGCAAUACAGCCGACAACAGAUACCACCACAGACAGCACUAACACUACCAUCAAAUCUCCCUCAGCACCAAUAACUUUCAAAGAGGCAGCUUUAGCAAAACGUUUUGCAGCUCGCGCAAGGACACAAAUCACCAAGCGCAAGCGCAUGUCGCUAAUAAAGGAAAAGAAAGCAGCACAGACUCUAAGCGCCAUCCUCUUUGCUUUUAUCAUAACAUGGACGCCUUAUAACAUCAUGGUACUGGUGAACACUUUCUGCAAUGGCUGCAUACCUGAGAACCUCUGGGCGCUAGGCUAUUGGUUAUGUUACGUCAACAGUACAGUAAAUCCUAUGUGCUACGCACUUUGCAACAAAACUUUUCGUAGCACUUUCAAAAUGAUCCUGCUAUGUCGCUGGGAUCAGAAAAAAAGCAAGCCAAGCUUUCCGCAAAGACAGGCUGUGAGGUUUCACAGGCCCAUACCGACAGACUCCACAUAGCAAAUGAAGAACAGUGAAGAAGCUAAAGUGCUAAUGCUAAAAUGAAAGAUUCAAGAGGUGAUUCCUCAAGACUCUGUAUUAUAUACUCAAGCUUUAAUAUGUAAGUCUUGAUGUGGACGUGUAGUUCAGUGUCUUUUGAUCCUGGGUUUCUUGGUCUUAACAUUUUCAGACACUGUGGUUUGAGCAAGUGCAAUUGCCAUCUGUACUCCCUGUGGACUUUUGUAUGCCUUUUACUAAAUCUUCAGUGCCAACUUUCAGGAGUUCAGCGAUAUGUAAAAGAAGUACAUUUGAAAUGUAGACUGUAUAUUUUGAAUCUCUGAGAGUUUAUCAGAUGCGAUACUCUUCAGAUAAUUGUUUGAAUAUUUUGGGAUUGAAUAUUACAUAUUUCAUUCUUGUCAAUGAACAGAAACUAAAAUAUGAUUUUUAAAUAUUGCAAUGUAUAUGAAAGUAUUUACGGUGAACAAUAAUUAUAAGAUAUUUCUUUUUGUACGUGAAAUUUGCUGAUUUCUGUGAAAACGUGCCACACAGGGGUUCAGUGCUGUUUCGGUAAGUGUAAGUGUUCUUCUGCAACAUGUGAGCCACAGUUGAACAGUUUGUAGGAUUUUCUCUUCUUUUGGUUAUUCAUAAACAGCACUUCCGUAAGCUGCUCUUGUAUUAUAAAGCGUGGUUGUUUACAUUUGUUUUGCUACAAGUAUUUCAAUAGCUAUUAUGUAUGUUUUCAGUGCACACUGAAUAUAUUUGUAUAUGUUUGGAAUGCCUUACGUUUGACUUUGAGAUUGUGCACUGAUUAUACUGGGCUAGCUGUGAAAUCAUUUAUAAAACCUAAAGAAUGUUUUUAACUCUGUUUAAUGGACAUUCAGAUUUAACAUUAUUGUGCUGGGACGUCAUUUCUUUUAAAGCCAAACUGUUUCCUCUAUUACCACUUAAUUUAACAUAACUCGAAUUAGUUACAUACAGACUGUUUUCUAGAUUAAAAAGCACACCAAAUUCAGA